AGCGGAUUCAGAAUGGCGUCCAACUCGAAAUUACUCCAGCACGGCACUGUUCUCAGUUUUGAUGAGGGUAGCCAGUCAAUCAAAGUGCUCAGAAAGGCAUCGCUGCUGAUCAUCAAUGGGAACAUCGACUCCAUCUUCGAAGACGGUGCUCAGCACAAUAUACCAGAUGAUUGCGAGAUCAUUGAUGUCGCAGGCAAAAUCAUCUCCCCAGGCUUCGUCAAUACCCACUUUCACGCCUGGAUGACGGCCUAUCGCACAAUGACGCCGGAUAUCACUUUGACGCACUACCUCGACUGGCUCGCUCCUGCUGGCGACACUGCUCGCAAGGCGUUCUCUGCUGAAGGCGUGUACUGGAGUGCUCUCGAAGGAUUUCUCGAAGGCCUCAAUGGGGGCGUCACCACAGUUCUGGACCACGACCACGCAUGCUGGAAUCCGGAGGUGAUGAAGAAUGGCUAUCAAGCUGCAGUCGACAGUGGAGCCCGAGUUUGGUGGUGCUCUGAACCGCAGAAGAACAUAGAUGGAUUCGACGUGGGUCAGCAAUGGGAUACAUUGCAGACUAUCGCCGGAGGUGAUGAUAGGAGCGAUGUGGUGGCGCUUGGCAUGUCCUAUCAAGGGCUUGCCGGAGCCAAAGAGGAGGAGUUCGAGGGUGUGAGGAAAAUGGUCAAAGCAACGAACAUGAAAGCCAUCACGAUUCAUCACGUCGGCGGUCCUUGGCCAGCAAUGCACAGCUCGCCAGAGUCGCUCGUGGAACAAAACUUACCAAGCCUCGAGAUACCCAUUAUCUUGUCACACGCGGGAUAUCUGACUGACGCGGAGCGAAAGGUCCUGCGCGACCAGAACAUGCAUAUUUCCAUCACGCCAGAAUCCGAGCUGCAUUGUGGCCAUGGACACCCGACUGCCCAUCUCGUAUCGGAUCAAGCUUCCUUGGGCGUGGACAUAGCUUUCACAUUUUCUGGAGACAUCCUCACGCAAGCGCGUAUCUGGCUGCAGAAAGUUCGUGAUACCAGUUUCCAGAAGCACCUUCAAGAGACCGGACUGCUGCCACGUAGGACGCCGCUUUCAGCCGAACAAGGCUUUCUUCUAGCGACUCGUCAAGGAGGCAAAGCGCUGUGGCGUGACGAUAUCGGUGUGCUAAAGGUCGGAGCCAAAGCUGAUAUUGUGGUGUUCGAUGGAGGUUCACCCAAUAUGCUGGGCUGGAUAGAUCCGGUGGCUGCUGUCAUGCUUCAUGCCAACGUGGGCGAUAUUCAGCAUGUCCUCGUUGAUGGCCAGUUUAGGAAGAGGGACUUCAAACUUGUCGAUGGCAAGCACAAAUGGGAGGACGUCAAGAAGAACUUCCUCGAGGUGGCGGAGAGGGCGCAGCGCGUGGCUCUCGAGAAUAUGACCGAGAUACCUGAGAAGCUGUGGGGAUUCUUUCCCACUGGGGAGGUUGAGGCGCUAUCGACGAUGAAGACGUGAUGAAAUACCCCAAUUCUUGGGGUGGACCGCCGAUGGCCUCGUGUCGUGCUCAUCUGUUGUU